CCCACUACAUUUAGGAACGCUCUGCGUUCACCAAUCGCCGUUGACUUCGACACACCCUUUAAGUGUUCGUUUUUUUUUUCGAAUGCAAACGAAACAGUCAACAAUUGAACAAAAUUUAGCGAUUAGUAAGAUUUAUUUAUCUUUUAAACAUUACAGUUAAUUUUAUAUUACUGUAAAUAAAAAAUAUCCUGUGAGAAUUUAGUUACUUUAUCACUAUGAGUGAACAACAGAUGGACUGCGCCCUAGAUUUAAUGAGGCGAUUGCCACCUCAAAAGAUUGAGAAAAAUCUCAGUGACCUCAUUGAUCUUGUUCCUUCGCUAUGUGAAGAUCUUCUGUCUUCAGUUGAUCAACCUUUAAAAAUAGCUAAAGAUAAAGAAUCUGGUCGGGAUUACUUACUAUGUGAUUAUAACAGAGAUGGAGAUUCGUACAGAUCACCUUGGAGUAAUACGUAUGACCCACCUUUAGAAGAUGGUUCAAUGCCAUCAGAAAGAUUGAGAAAACUUGAAAUAGAUGCCAAUCAUGCAUUUGAUCAAUACAGAGAAUUAUACUUUGAAGGUGGAGUAUCUUCAGUAUAUCUUUGGGAUUUAGAUCAUGGUUUUGCUGGUGUUAUUUUAAUCAAAAAAGUGGGAGAUGGAUCGAAAAAAAUUAAAGGUUGUUGGGAUUCUAUACACGUUGUUGAAGUCCAAGAAAAGCUAAGUGGUAGAAACGCACAUUAUAAACUUACAUCAACAGCCAUGUUGUGGUUACAAACGAAUAAAGAUGGUUCUGGAACUAUGAAUCUUGGUGGAAGUCUUACAAGACAAGUAGAACAGGAUCAACCAAUUAGUGAAACUUCACCGCACAUUGCUAACAUCGGUCGUAUGGUAGAAGAUAUGGAAAAUAAAAUUCGUAAUACGUUGAAUGAAAUAUAUUUUGGUAAAACAAAGGAUAUUGUAAAUGGUUUGAGGUCUGUGCAAUCGUUGGCGGAUCAAAGGCAGCAAGCUGCCUUGAGACAAGACUUAGCAGCAGCGUUACAGAGGCGAAAUGCCAAUAAUUGAUAUAAAAAUGAAGAAUGCUUUGAUUAUCAUUGUGAUUAGACAAAAAAAAAUGAUUAAAAAUUCAAAUGAGAGAAUGAUUCAGACAGAUCGAAAAGUACUAUUGAAAUGCGUGGACUCGAACAAUUGAUACCUAUUCAGUUACAACACUUUGUUAUUAUCUAGAUUUAAUGAAUGCCGGGAAUUUAUUAUGGGGCUACUAAAGAGGACAUUUAUGUUAUUGUUUGUUUAAAAAAAUAUUAUCGUAACUACUCAGUCCCUAGUGGUAUUCAGUAUGUUACGUUACAAAGCAACCACAGUGUAUUUGUAUAAAUAAAAUCAUUUUGUUAUAAAGUCCUACGA